AUGAAGAGAAAAGUAAGCAUGCUUGAAAUCCUUCAAUGCCUUUUGCAAGUUGGAUUGAUUUAUAUGCAAUUCUUAUGUGAUUCAAAGAAGAAUUGCUCAUCUGAAUAAAAAAAAUCUCAAGCAUAUUUGAUUUUAUUUAUACUUUUGGUAACAAUAGUAAAAACAAAAAUAGAAGGAAAUAGAUGGAUGUUUAUAAUAUGGCUUCCCUCCUUUAUUUUAAGCAUUUUUCACAAAAUAUUCCAUACAUACACUUAAGUUGAGGUUGUUUACAUUUCAGCUUUGCUAUCUACACUUUAUAUUCUUUUGAUGAUUUGCUUUCCUAUCUAUGAAAUACCAUAAGUAAUCGAUUAGACUGAGUAAUCUGAAAAAUACCCUAAAUACAAUGUAUCUUGUGCAAGCUUUCCAAUUGACUAGCAAAAAUCUUCCAUGAUUACAGCAUAUUAUCCUACUAGUCCUGAAAAAAGUAAUUCAGAAAGUUCUGAGGGAGAUCUAUGUAUGCUUGAGUCAGAUUUUUGGGACUAUCAUUAUUCUUCUAUUUUUAAGCAAUAUAAAGUACCAGGAUUUAUAUUAGAUAUUGCCCUUUCUGGCUUAAAAAAAUAUAAAGUCAAAGUAGAAGCUAAUCUUCCAGUUAUUUAAAAAACUAAUUUAAAGCCAAUUAUUUUUUCACAUGGAUUUAUGGGAUCUCGAACUAUGUAUUCUAUUAUUAUGAAAUAACUAGCUUCUUUAGGGUAUGUGGUUUUCUGUGUAGAACAUUAUGAUGUGAUUAAAGAAAAGGAAGUUGAAAAAAUAAAAGAUAAAGUUCUGAGGAAAAAUCUAUUUAAAGAAGUAAAAGAGCAAGAACUAGAAGCAAGAGCAUCAAAAAUUAAAAGCAUGAUAGAUCUUAUUUAAGAUGAAAAAGAAUUAAACAGGUUAUUUAAAUAGAAUUUAAGUUUAGAUAAAAAUAACAUAACUUUAAUGGGGCAUUCGUAUGGAGGAGCCACAGUAUAAUGCUCCGCUUUUAAAUAUACAGAGCAUGUAAAAGCUUUAGUCUGUUUAGAUCCUUGGCUUUUCCCCAUGAAAGACUCCUAUUUAGAAUAAAAACUUAAUAUACCAGUAUUAUAUAUAAAUUCAGAAUCAUUUAAUAAGACUAUGCUUUGGGCUGAGAUAGAUUAAAGAAAUUAGAAAAUAUUUUAAAAUUGUCAAUAAAAAGAAAAAAGCUUGAUCUGUUAUGUUAAAGAUAUGGAUCAUAUUCAAUAAGGUGAUAUAGGUUUAGCUAUUCCAUAUGAAGCAAAGAUAGUUAAUUUAAUUAGAUAUCCACUUAGGACAUUAGAAUUCAAUUUGUACAAUGCAAAAUUAAUAGAACUAUUUUUAAAUAAUAUAGCUUUUUCAAAUCAAAAGCCAGAAGCAGACCAUUUAGCUAAUAUAACUAAAAACAUAUUUAAUCCUCUAAAAAGAGAUUCGUUUUAAUUUUUCAGAUAAGAAUUUCAAUAAAACUUUGAUUCUAACAGAUAAAUGUAUACUUUAGAAUUUAAAGGAAAAUCUAUAUUUUAAUGA